ACUCUAGGUGUGAAGGUGUUUUGCAAGCCUAUUUGACAUCAAUCUCCAUCCAGAGCUCCUCCUCCCCACUUACCUACAACCUCUACCUGCCUGCUUUUCUCUUGUUGGAACCCAUUUCCAUCUCCUGCUAGCAGGCUAGGCUGCUUUCUCCCGUGCAAAAAUGCAACCACAGGCCUAAGAGAAUUCCCAUUUUUGCUUCGGGAGAUGGGCUGCCCUUACAGACAUCCGUCCUCCCUUCCCUGGCUUUUCCGGUAGCGCUAGGUCUGUGGUUCCCUUUCCACUCAGUCGUCCACCCGUCUCUCCUAGGAUCCUCAAGACACCUAAAGCCCCUUCCAGAGAAGAGCGCGCCAGGGUCUUGAUCUAGGCUAGGUUUCAGUAUAAGCUGAGGCCUCGCAGUGCGGUUCCCUCUGCCUGUCCUGAACCGCCAUCCCGUUCUUGUCCCUGGUACCAGAUGGAGGUGUCCAUUUCGCUACCUGGUAGCACUACCCCUCUACUACCCCACCCCCGCCCAGCCAGCUGAGGGGCGCCAACGCGGCGGUGGGGACAGGAGGUGGCCGGACGACAGCUGGGGGGGCGGCUCUGACCUUCCAGCAAUCGAUGGGGCGCGGCCGGCCGCGCGGAGCCGGGGCGGUGCCGGAGCCCCCUGCAUGCUGUCCGGGCAGCUAUAAAGCGGCGGCGCGGGGCUCAGGCUGCAGCUGCAGCGUUCAUCACAGCCAGAGCCCGACCAUGAAGCCUCCUCUGCCCCCACCGCCGCUACUGCUACUGCUGUUGCUGCUCGCAGGCUCCGCCGCGCUCCCCGCGCCUCCCAGGACCCCAAGACACUCCGACGGGACUUUCACCAGCGAGCUGAGCCGCCUGCAGGACAGCGCCAGGCUGCAGCGCCUGCUGCAGGGUCUGGUGGGGAAGCGCAGCGAGCAGGACCCAGAAAAUAGCCCAGAGAACAGCCUGGCCCGGUCCAGGCCCUCAGAAGAUCAGUUCUGCUUGCUGUGGUCGAACCCUCAGGCCCUACAGGAUUGGCUGCUCCCCAGGUUCGCCCUGGAGGGGCUCAGGUCUCUCUGGCUGCCUCCUGGACCAAGACCCGCUGUCGAAGUUUCAGAGUGGACUGAAGCAACCAGACAGCCCAGAUAAGGGAGGAAGGGGAGUCUCCAGGAGCCUGGCUGGAAUAAUUUGGUUGUUCUUGGCAUGAAUAAAGAAGGAAUUUAGACCCUG